UAGCGCACAGGCACUGGAGGCUCCUUCCGGCUCGGCUGUGCUGCUCAGCGGGUGUAAACAGCCUCUGCGGUGUAAACAGCCGCAGCGGGCAGGCCGGGACUGUCAGCGCCCGCCCCCGGGGCAGGUAAUUUCACAUUUCCAAAAUGGGACAUAAAGUGGUUGUCUUCGACAUUUCUGUCCUCAGAGCCUUGUGGGAAACUCGCGUCAAGAAGCACAAGGCUUGGCAGAAGAAGGAGGCGGAAAGGCUUGAGAAGAGCGCCUUGGAGAAGAUAAAGGAGGAGUGGAACUUUGUGGCCGAAUGCAGGAGGAAGGGCAUCCCCCAGGCUGUGUACUGCAAGAAUGGCUUCAUAGACACCAACGUGCGGCUGCUGGACAAGAUCGAAAGGAACACUCUCACAAGGCAGAGUUCGCUUCCCAAGGACAGAGGCAAACGGAGCAGUGCGUUCGUGUUUGAACUUUCUGGGGAGCACUGGACGGAGCUCCCAGAUUCAUUGAAGGAGCAGACACACCUGAGAGAAUGGCACAUAAGCAAUACCCUGAUUCAAAUCAUUCCUACAUAUAUUGAGCUGUUUCGAGCCAUGAGAAUUCUGGAUCUGCCAAGAAACCAAAUCUCACAUCUUCCAGCAGAAAUUGGUUGUUUGAAGAACCUGAAAGAACUCAAUGUCAGUUUUAACCAUCUGAAGAGCAUUCCUCCAGAAUUGGGAGACUGUGAAAAUCUAGACAGACUGGAUUGUUCUGGAAAUCUAGAGUUAACAGAGCUGCCCUUUGAAUUAAGUAAUUUGAAGCAAGUUACAUUUGUAGAUAUCUCAGCAAACAAGUUUUCCAGCGUCCCGAUCUGUGUCCUGCGGAUGUCUAAUUUGCAGUGGUUGGAUAUCAGCAACAAUAACCUGACUGACCUGCCGCAAGAUAUAGACAGGCUAGAAGAGCUGCAGAGCUUUCUCUUAUAUAAAAACAAGUUGACCUACCUUCCCUACUCCAUGCUGAACCUGAAGAAGCUCACCCUGUUGGUCGUCAGUGGGGACCAUUUGGUGGAGCUCCCAACUGCCCUUUGUGACUCUUCCACACCUUUAAAAUUUGUAAGCCUUAUGGACAAUCCUAUUGAUAAUGCCCAAUGUCAAGAUGGCGAUGAAAUAAUGGAGAGUGAACGAGAUCGCCAACAUUUUGAUAAAGAAUUCAUGAAAGCCUAUAUUGAAGACCUUAAAGAAAGAGAAUCUGUUCCCAGCUAUACCACCAAAGUGUCUUUUAGCCUUCAACUUUAAUAUCCCUCAGAAGACUGCAAAUCUCACUCUUCUCUGGGGCUGUAAAUCUUUGUUACGGUCAUGUCAUACAGGAAGAAUGGUUUGUGCUUGAGGACACAGUCUAGAAACCACUAUCAUAGUUGCUAAGAAAAAUGGUUUUCAAAUGUCAAGUACAUGAAUACCUCCCUCUAUGGACUGGAGAAUUGAAAAAUUGGUUUAUAUAUUGAUAUUUCCAGGUUCAUUUGCAUACACUUAUUUCCAAGUAAUGCACAUUUAGUAUGUUUCAAAGUGUCUUAUUUUUAAGAAUUAUAACUGAAAGACCAAAUACUGAAGUUGAGUGCAUUGUUUUCAGGAAUCAAAAGAUAAAGGGGCCGGGCGUGGAGCCUCACACCUGUAAUUCCAGCACUUUAGGAGGCCAAGGUGGGCGGAUUACCAGAGGCCAGGAGUUGCAGACCAGCCGGGCCAACAUGGCAAAAUCCUGUCUCUACUAAAAAUAAAAAAAUUAGCCAGGCAUGGUGGCGUGCUCCUGUAUUCUCAGCUACUCAUGAGGCUGAGGCAGGAGGAUCUCUUGAACCUAGGAGGCGGAAGUUGCAGUAAGCCAAGAUUGUGCCACUGCACUCCAGCCUGGGUGACAGAGCCAGACUCCAUCUCAAAAAAAUAAAAGAUAAAGGGAUUGUGAAAAGAGCAUUUAUGUUGGACUAAUCAGAUGAGAGUUUGUUUUGUUAUUUCGAAAGAGUAAUUAUUUCUUUUACUGAGAAUAAUCUUCCUUGAGUUUAUAUAAACUGCUAUUUCCAUAUGUUUUAAGUUAUAUUUUGGCAAGUGUAGGCUCUCAGAAGAGACUUGUUAGGUGCAAGCUGGGCCUUGAAGGUAGAAAGAAAGGCUGGAAUGUCUGCAUGAGACGCUCAGAUGGUGCGUGGGGAGCUCUAGUUAAGGAAGUGUGGGGCUGGCUCCUCAUGGGGAUUCUUGAAUGGCCUGCAUGGAUGGCCAUCCUGACCUGAGUGGUCACCUUGGGGGUCGUGGGACACAUCUCAGUAAAGAGCAGAGGCAAUGCUCUCAGAGUCCCUCCCUCUAAGAUGGCCGCAUAGGGUAACGGAGAUGACCAGUCCGCCCUGAUAAGGAGUUCCUAGCAAGGCUUCCUUGUGGGUACCACAGGACGACUCUGCCCAUAGCAAAGAUGCUUCAGUGCGGAGGAAGCCAUGGGACUGUGUUUGAUUUGGCAAAGGUGAGAUUCAUUACAGGACUUUGGGCUCUUACAUAGCAUCACAUGAUUUGGAGAAAUUAUACACAAUCUCUUAUUUUUAUACCACUCUCCUGGGCUAAAAUGAACAGACUGUGGCUGAUGGUGUUGAAAACAAGCUUAAACAAACAACUUUGGCAGGUUACGGCGGCUCACACCCAUAAACCCAGCACUUUGGUAGGUCGAGGCGGGGGAUUGUUUGAGCCCAGGAGUUUAAGACCAGUGUGGGCAUUGUAGCAAAACCUCAUCUCCACAAAAAAUACAAAAACAUAGCCAGGUGUGGUGGCACCCGCCUGUGUUCCCAGCUACUCAGGAGGCUGAGGUGGGAAAAUCACCUGAGUCCAGGAGAUUGAGGCUGCAGUGAGCUGUGAUUGUGCCACUGCCCUCCAGCCUGGGUCACAGAGUGAGACCCUGUCUCAAAAACAAAACAAACAACAACAAUAAUAACAACUAAGAAAACCAAGCAGGUUUUAUGACUAAGAAGGAAAAUAUGCAUAUAGCGGCAUCUUUUUAUAUGAAUCCUCUCCUCUGGGGUCCAGCCCAGUACCAUCCAGUGGAGCUUUCUGCAGUGAUGGAAAUGUUCUGUACUUGGGUUGUGCAAGGUGGUAAACACCAGACACGUGGUUCUUGAGCACUUGAACCGUGACUGAUGUGACUGAAGAACCAGUCUUUCAAUUCAAUUCCAUUUAAACAGUCAGAUUGUUCCAUCAGGUCCAACCCAAGGCUGGAGUCACACCAGCCUCGGGCUGGACUUGAUGGGGAAUUCCCGUGAGAGAGUGCUCCAAACCGUCCCAAGGUGGGGCCAGUUGGCGAUUUUAAAGGAAGAAGCACUAAAUGGCAGGGUGAUCAGUCCAAAGCGUUUAAGAGGGGAACUUAGGUACAGUGUGGGCUGCAGUGUCCUCAUGGCGGGCAGUGAGACGAGGGAUGUUCUGCCUGGGCAUGUCCGUAGUGAGGGCGUUGGGUGACGGAGUUCACAUGAGGAUGUAAGGAAUUUGGGUGGGGGCCGGGCUGGCUUCUACAUGUUUAGCAGCACAGUUGAUCGUUCAGUGCUUCCAGCAACAACCUGAACACCUUUAUCAGUGCCUGGGAAUGUUCAAGGCCCGGGCUGGGGUUCAGAUCUGCAGAGGAAACCAUCAGCUGGCUGGGUCAAGGCACUGUGUGUUUCUUGGUCAGGAUAGAGACAAAAAUGAAAUCUAGCAGACCCUACACGCAUGUGGCUACCAUACCACAGAACAGGCCCAACCUGUUUUUUGAUUUUUGGAAGUUAAUUGGGGGUAAAAAUGAAGGGUGAUUUUUAUUUUCUUUGUCUGAAGAACCAGGCAUUUUUAAAAGGGUUAUUAUUGACACUCCAAUAUUUUGUCUUGAUGGGCUUAUUCCUAAGUCCAAACGUUUUAUCCUCAGCAUGUGUAAAACAGGCAGAAUGCUCUGAAACCCCAUGCUAGUGCUUCAGCCUGCCUCCGCUUAGAAGCAAAAGCUGAGAAGCAGGUUAAGAGGUGAAAAGAGUAGGAAAACGAGAAGUCACUGCCACUGAAUCUUAAACAGUUACGUUUCUUCUUCUUGGCACUAAAAAUACAAUUCAAGUUUAUUAGUUGUACUACGAAUGAUUUUGGAAUUUUAUUUCAUGCUAAGGUAUAUGUUACGUAUAGCUAAGUGGAAAAUAUAUCUGAAGAGGGGCUUUCACACAAAUAGACUGUGCAUAAUUUAUGUAAAUUUUAUUUUAAUAAAACCAGUUUUUUGUGUAAAAA